GGUCCAUUUGCCGGGUAAAGGCGGUGGUGGCUUCGGACCAGGCACCACGCAACUCACUCAUAUCAUGGAUGGAUGGAUCCAUUCGCUCACUCAGGAACAUCGACAUGACCUCCUACCUACCUAAACAAGACAACUGAUAUCCUCUUCUCAUAUCGCUUCAGCAGGAGAUAACUAGUCUCUCAGGAGGCAGAGCCUAUGGUUGGCUCUCUUGUUAGGCAUUGAAUUAACCCCGCGGCUGCUCCCGCAUGGACCGAGCCGAUCUUGGCACUGACCAACACCUCGACUCAACCUCAGUCACCGAAACUUUUGAGGCUUCGUCUUUCAACGCACUUUGUCCUUUCCACGCCAGAGGCUCAAUUCUAUCGGCUGGUCGAGUCUCUGUUAACACACUCUUGUCUUAUUGUCCGUUUUAUAGCUAUUGGCUAGCGUAUCGCUUUUGGUUAUCUCUUGAAAAGUCUUAUCAUUUAUAGUUAUUCUACAUCACCUCAUCAUCUCCAUCAGCUUCUCCCCAUCGAUAGCCAAGCUGUCUUGAGGCCCUCACUCAACUUCUGCAUAUACAAUCAACAUCUAGCUACUGUAUGUGCUCUGUGCUAUGUCACACCUCGCUGGACCAAAGCUGACGUCGUCUUCUCUUUAGCAUAGCAUCCCAUAGCAUAGCUAGCUUCCAUCCAUAGCCUAAGCAUUCUGUCUCGCGGUACCUUACAUUGUUAGUUGCGCCACUACAAGCGCUUCAGCUGCCAUGUUUGGAAACUUCACCUCCUUCGCCGGCAUUCCGGCCAAGAGCAAGGUUGAUCCUAAGGACGUACCGCCUCCUACGCCGGUCACUCUUCCUCGCUUUCAACCUUUUGCUCAGGACGACGAUACCAUCGAUGAAUCGUCUGCGCUAUCUACUCUUCUCCGCAACACCGGAAGAUCAACAGCCGCUCUCGGUCCUUCGGGUUUCUCUGCCAUUGGUCUUAAUCUGAACCUCGAUGCCAAGCCCACAGACCUGAUUCCUGACCCUUCAUUCAUCCCGGAUUUCGAUAGUUGGGACAAACUGUCGCCAGAUGAAGCCCAAGAGAAGAAUCAGUCCACCCGGAACCCCCUAAGAAAUGGCAACCUCUCUCCUGGCUGCCAUGUGUACCUCGAACGCAAGAAGGAAUUGUCGAAUGUCAAUGAAGACGCCUUUCGAACAGUCAGAAGGCUUCCAGCCCCCAAAGGAAAGACACAGGCUCGUUUAGGGAAUGCCUAUGAGUUUUUCCGUUGCCUUGAAGCCUUUACCUCUUUUUGGGAUGACCCAACUCAGCCAUUACCGCUUCCUCCUUCCCCUGAAGCCUCUCCCGAAGUUACUUCGUCCGGCGAUGCUGCGAACUCGGGGGACGCAAAACCUGCGAGUCCUAAGCCAGACGAGAGCGCAAACUUCUUCAGAACCAGCGCUGGAUCAUCUAUGCCACUUGAAUAUCGCAAUAACCUGAUAACAUCAUUCAUCAAACUUGUUGCUUAUGACUUUGGGUGCAACGUCUCGCCUUCUCGAACCGAACCACGACUUCACUUCAGUUCACCCCAAGGAUCUGGUUCUCGCAAAUCUUUUUGCCCCUCUGGCUGCCUUUUUAUAUUUCAGAGUCCCACAACCCGUGAAGCCGCUCGUGCAGGUGUGGUCCACGGGCCUGUCGCCGCCGUCAGUGCCAGAGGUACAACUGACUUCACUCAGCCUGAUCCUGAGACUGCGCAAUCACUCGAUCUCGCUCGAGAGAUCGUAGCAGCUCUUAUUACAGCGCAGCAUCGCGCACGUGAAGGAAAGACUGAGAAGCGAUUUGGUGAGGGAGAAUGGUGGACGACCAAGAAGCGCUGGGGAGGCGGUCCUGGAGGGCCCAUAGGACGCGAGAUCGAAAAGGACCUGGUACAAGGCGACAAGGACGCGAAACCCAGUGACGAGAACGGUCUUCCGAUGCCACUUGCCAAGAAACCUCGCAAAAACAUGAGUAUCUACGACAACUAUCGCAUGAUUCGACCUCCAUCGUCGACGUGGGACAAGAAGGCUCAAUACGAAGCCAUUGGGAGGCGCAAGGGGGCCAACUAUGACGAUAUCUUUGUAGUGAGCUCGUUGUUUCACCAUAUCUCGGUCAUCCGUGUCAGAGUACCUAAUCAGCUACUUGAGGCUCUGGAAGGGGCACGGGAGCCAGAUGCAUCCAGGCGAAGUUGGGGUAAGGUUGAGGCUUGGAGGAGCCCCUGGUACGAUUUAUUUGAUACCACACAACGACUAGCAGCUAUGAAACUAGUGUGGGUGAUGAUGGCUUACCAGAUGAGAAAAGAUGAUGUGUCUGAUGGGGACGUUGAUAUGACCAAUGCCUAAGCUUAUCUUGAGGUGGGCCAUGGGUUUGGGGAAACCUCAUUCUUGCUUGCAUUAGUACAUCUGAUCUCAGCAUGAGAUGUCAGCGCAAGGUUUAGGAAAGACUAAGAUGGCAUAGUUGCCUAGUUGGUUGAUUACACGCAUACAUAGGGUAUCCAUACAUAACAUACAUUAACCAGGGUCACAUUCCCGUCUCCGGUUCCGAUUAGCUUGGCUUUUUCUAUCAAUCAGACACCCUUGAGGAAGAGGGUUACAAUGAGGCGGCAGCUGAGACUGGGACUUCUAUCACCUGCAGAUGUUGCAUGGAUUUAUCUGGUAAGUAACUCUGGCUUUACCUUGUAAUCGUCGUCACGCCAUCAGGGAUUCGAGCAAUGAAGGCUGAACUGAAAGUCUCAUGAUGUUGGUUCACAUUCAUACACGAUGCAACACAUAGAUUCCAUGAACAAUAUGCUCGGGUCUAGAACAUUGAUUCAGGGAACAUUAAACGGGUGCUCGGGUAACCUCAUGCAAGGCAUGGGUAUUGACCUUGCCGUCAGGUCUCUUGGAGUUGGCAUGAGAGGCCAUGGCAUGGUGUUUCUGCAGGGUAGAGAGAGAGAUCAGGGGACUUGAGACAUGUCGUGCAUGCCACGAUACAGACCGAAGCCGAGGGAGACGCGGAGCAUAGCUUCCUGUAGCGUUCCGUAUCAACGGAUGAGCUAGUUCAAGAAACCACCCCAUAUUGUCUUAGAUAUCAAGCGAAUGUGGAUAUGUGUUGGUGUCGGUGUUUGUGGCUGCAUAGGAAGGCUGAAGCUAUCUUAUUUGGGACGGAAACCCGCGUGGCAUAGUCGAGUCUAGUGACGGAGGACGUUUCUCGUUUGGUAUUCAACUUCGGGAGGCUUAUGACUUUGGCUUUUUGGGCUCUGAGGCUUUUAGUUUGAGCCUGCCGGACAUGAUAUGGAAAAGAGAAGGAUGUGCUGGUUGAGUAUGUGAUAUGAGUGCGUACAGUUCUUAGGAGACUCCGAGAACUAUGUCAUGGUACAUGUGCUUUGUUGCAGUAGUUGGAGUGCUGUACCGACAAUUUGGAUGACACGUCGAGAGCGCAAGGAGAUUGGGUAUCGUCAUCAAACCAGGCCCAGCAUAAUGGUAACCUAACGAUAUCCAAUACUCCGUGAUAAAGCUGAGGCCCUCGUCACAGCCACCAGAAUGCAACUGAACAAGACCCUAAAAGCCGUUCAUCCAAGUGGCCCAAGCUCCUCAAGCCUCAAUUCCCCGCUCAGCUCCAGGCGGCUGAGCAGUAACGUCCGUCAUUGGCCCACGCAGCCCUGGUUCAGCUCUCGGUAUGUCCGUCUGCUAAACCGUUACGGGAUGAUCUUCGUGCCGCAGACGGGGGAGCUAUCGGGUAAUUCCAGCCAUUUUCUUCUUCUUCUGUCUUUUUGUUCUCAGGUGCAUGAUCGUGAAUUUGUUGCCUUUCCCUUGCUUGGAUGAUUAGGAUAGCCCCCUAUUUGCUGUAUGUAUGUCUUGUAUCGUUUGGCUAUGGUUGGUGGAAGUCAUGAUGGUUUCGGACAUGGCUAAAUAUCAUUAUCUCUUGGCCGUUACUUCUUUGUUCGUCUGUAUAGUCUCUUGCAAACACAUAAUAAAGUGCUAAUAGAGCGGUUCAGUCUAUUGAUGCAAUUGCUCACUUGACGUUGGAAACCCCC